GCUCGCUGGGAAGCUAGAGAGAUCCGAGAUGAGGCAGCUGAUCCGGCGGCUCUCCCGCGUCGGCGACUGCGCGUCGUCGUCGCUGUCGUCCCCGGCGGCGAGGCGGCGCGGCGGCGGGAAGAAGGCGCGCGCGGGGACGACGCCGGAGGGGCACGUGCCGGUGUACGUCGGGGGCGGCGGGGCGGAUGGCGAGGCGGUGGAGCGGUUCGUGGUGCGCGCGGAGCUGCUGGGCGCGCCGGCUCUGGCGGAGCUGCUCGGCCGCGCCGCGCAGGAGUACGGGUACCGCCACCAGGGACCGCUCCGCAUCCCCUGCCCCGUCGCGGUCUUCCGACGCGCGCUCGCCUCGGUGGCCGGCGACGACGACGACGAGGAGGAGGAGGUGGAGGACGACGGCGCGCGUAGCUAGCUGCUAAGCUGGUUGGGGUCGUGGGCCUGGGCCUAGGAGGUGUAACUAAAUAGCCCGGAAUUUUGAGGAUUGGGCUUAAUUUCUAAGGUCUUCUCUUGUGUUUUCUUUUCAUGUUAUUAAUUACUACCUUGGCUCCUCUUUGAUGUUAUUGUGGUAUAUGUAAGCUGAGAGGGGUCAAGGGUCGAGCAUGAGCUUCAACUACUCUUAUGUUAGCUUCAACUGCUUUUGUGUAAUGGAUCGAGUGUACUACUAAAAGGAUUAAGUUGACCCUUUGCUGAA